AUGGAGUCCCCACUGAUGACAAGCGGUCAACCACACGCACCGGGGAAUGAUGUACCGGACAGAUGCCUUCUUUUGAGUGACAGUCGAAAGAGAGACGAAGAAUUCCACGACCUCAUUCCGAUAUGGGAUCACAAGAUCUUGAAGAUUGGACGCGAUCCGGACUCAGAUCUUUUUAUUCGUGACGAUGCAGAAAACCUGGUUUCGCGUACACACUGCGAAGUAUACGUGGUGGAGUACGACCAAACGGACAGCCUUGUGUACGUUCGCGACCGAAACUCAUCCAACGGAACGUAUGUCAAUGAUAUUCGUGUCGGGGAUGACUCGAGGAUGUCGUCUGGCUAUCUUCUGGAGCACGGCGAUAUUAUCGAGCUUCGCCCGCAUUGGCGCCUCACGUUCUGUGAUAAAAGACCCCAACCACGUUACCCCUUGACUGACAUUCAGCGCGCAGAGACCCGUUUUUUUGAAGAUAAGUACCUCCUUACCCAGCGCUGCCUUGGCCAAGGAGCAGACGGUAUUGUGUAUCUUGCCGUCGAGGUUGCGACCAAAAAACAAGUCGUCUGCAAACUUGUUAACUUGAGGUCGACCAAAGACAAGAACGACAAGGAGGAGUUGAGAAGGAAGUUGCAGGAAACUGAUGUUCUCAGACAACUGCAACACCCCAACAUCGUACCCUACAUCGAUGCGGUGAUUUCGCCUUACUCCCUGUAUACGUUCACAGAACUGGCCACCGGAGGCGACCUGUGGUCCUUUAUCCACCGGCACGGCACCGAGACUGCGGUUGGCGAAAAUGAAAGUCGAGUCAUCAUCCGGCAGAUAGUUUGCGCACUUUAUUACCUCCACAUGAAAGGCGUUGUCCAUCGCGACUUGAAGCCGGAGAAUAUCCUUUUGGCAUAUUCGCCCUGGAUCAACUGCCACCGAGUGAUGCUCUCGGACUUUGGAGCUUGUGCGGUUCCGCGUCGAAGCAGAAUGCUCACUCGUGCAGGCACGCCCAACUUCCAGGCGCCGGAAAUUUCCAAGAAGCACCAAGCGCAGACCUUUGCUGUCGACAUGUGGUCUUUGGGUGUCGUCGCGUUGACCUUACUCACGCACCACAUGGAUAUAGGCAUACAAGCACUCGAUCAACUGAGUCAACAGUGGCUCGACAUCUUUCUCGACAACAGCGUAUUUGGCGAGGCGGACGAUUUUACUCCAGCUUGCGAACGAUUUGUUCGAGGAUGCCUGCGAAUCGGGCCCGAAGAGCGACUAUCUGCUGCUGCGGCUCAGGAUCACGACUGGCUCUGCAAGCCAGAGAAGUACCUUGAUUGGUUUCAAGAGCUGGACCGCAAAGCCACAGGCGAUUGGAAAAUACAGAUACUUUUGAAGCCGAUGGCUUUUGAACUGCCAGACGUGUUGGGAAAGCAUCGGGCGAAGUCAGAGUUUGAGCAGCAACUUUUGCGCUUGAGCGAUCGGUUUGACCCUGAGAAGUGCUCGCAGUAUCUCCACAGUGAAAGGAGACGACCCGACAAGAGUGUGCCGGAGGGAAUUCGGAACAGGGAUCCGUCCUUCUUUGAGUCGAUACCGAGCAUGGAACCUCGAGUGAACACCUCCAUAACGGAUACAACCCCCAUAAACCUUCCAGCGUCCCGUGACGGCGCAUACAACCCCGGAGAGCCCGCAUACUCGGCCACAAUGCUCAAUCAGGCCGUGCCUAGACGAUUGAAAAGAUGCAAGGUGAGGAUCAAGGAGGCAGCACUUCUUCCAUUUCCCGGUCUCGAACGGCAGACCGAUCCCGGUGUCGGAGUUGCUGCAACCCAGAGGGAGCAAGUAAUCGAGACGUUGAAGCGAGCGGAUGCCGGGUUUGUAGUCGACAAACCAACGACAUCAACGCUUCCGAUGGCCACUGGAAGGAGCUCGAAAAAAACGUGCGAACAGGCAAAACCAUCUACCAGCAUCACAUCGCCGUUUCUGCUUCGUUGA